AUGUGCGCAAAACCGAGUGAUUUGUUGAAUGACUUAUCUAAUGACCUCAGCCAAUUGCUCGAUAACAAAGACAGUUGUGAUGUCACCAUAUUCGUCGGGGAGGAGCCAGAUAUGAAAGAGUUGAAGGCACAUUCAUUGAUCUUACGUAUACGUUCCCCACAUUUAAAAACGCUUCUGUCAAAUGAAAGAUCUAGUACUGAUGGAAGGAAUUCUGUUAUAAUUAAACACACCAUUGCGCCUGCAGUUUUUGAAUCGAUACUCAG